GGAGGGGGAGGUGAGCAUUAUACCACACCAAAUCUCGUAAACUAUAUCAGACGGGCGGGCCUCCAGUUCUGUAAUGCAACGUGUCAUGUGUUUAACCAAACAUAAACAGUCAUUUGUUCAGGUAGGGUGGAAACUUAUACCGUAAUAGCGAUACACGAGAUGUAUUUAUAGAGAUGUGUAAAUGUAAUCUUAUAUCAUUUCUGCCUCGUAUCAUCUUCAUGGGCUUAAGCUGACCCCCUCGAGUCGACAUACCAUCAUGACCUGCUAGGCCAAGAUACGCUUUUAAUUACCAGCGGGUAAGCGCUCCAGGGCGCAGCGAAAUUCUUCUUCCAGUCUUCGCGCUGCUGGCAACACAUUAGUUUUAUGUACUAAGUCAUGUGGAGGCGGUUCAAACUUAUCUGCGUCUGGAAGAUUUCAAAUCUCCAACUUGGUGUAUCUGCUCUACUGCCUUCAUGUACCCCACCCCCGCCUUUUCUUGAUUCUUCCUUUAUUAUGUCUUGAUAACUCGGAGUUCAUAGUUUGACGCUGAUGGAUGUGGAGUUCAGUGGUUCUAUGAAGUUAUAGGAUAACCACAUAGAUCCACGUUACUUUGAAAAGGAAUAAUUCAUGGAUGGAUAGCACUUAGAUGUAUUCUCUCUCGUCAUCAAAAUUAUCAAUUUACUGAUUAAACACUAUUUCUUGUGGUGCAACCAUUAUGUUUUGUUUCAAAUGGAAUAUGAAUAAUCAAAUUAAUUAAUGUUCGAAUGACAAGGAACUAAAGUCAAUUGAACAGAUUUCCUUCACAACACGACAAAGUUGGUGUGAGGAUCAGCGCUCGAGAUGUUCUUAAGUUUCGUGCCAGAUCGUGAAAGUGAACUUAAAUAACCUUUUCCUAACUAAUGAACUCGAAAAAAAAAUAAUCAUGAGAAACCCAAAAAGCUCAGGACCAUGGGCCUAAAACAAAAUCAAGAAAAUUUAAUGUCAUCGUUGAAAUUUUUCACAAUAUUUUCUUCUCCGACAGCAGCUGGGAGUCUGUGUUACUACUUAUUUAGGUGCUUGUGCAUUAAUACCAUCAUAUCAUCCCUGCCAUUUUGAUGGAUGUUUUUGUCUUAGAUCGUCAUCCUUCUAAAAAGUAUGAUCUCGUCACAAAUCGCCAUGUUAAGAAGAAUGCAAUGAAACCGUCAUUUUAUAAACGGCAUUCAUAUGCAAAGUUGUGUUUUUGGAGUUUGCUUGGACCACUUUCUAUUUUUGUAGCUGGCGAAUGAAAUGCCUGCCACAAAUCACAACGUGUCUUCCAGUUCGACUCCAGUACCACCACGUAGCCUAUUGGAAUACCUUAUUGGAAUUAGUUUGGAUAUACCAAGUAGUGUAUGCGAUUGGUGUUGUAGCUAUUCUGUCACCUGUUUAUUCCAUCGAACUUGGCGGCUGGUGGAUUAGGAGGCCCCUUUCUAUAUAUCAUCGAAGGCAUCUGUAGACGUAUCACCAUCAUGAGUUCAUCUGUGCCAGCGGGAGCCAUUGGUGCCCGGAGCGCCAUGCUGGGCAAGGUCCAUUUGCGGAAACCGCGGAAGCGCGCCAGCAACGUCAGCACCCUCACAGGAGCCAUCCCAAAUGAGUUGGGUGUGCCGCCGUUUGGUGCUAAGACCCCGCGCUCAGGCUCGCCUUCACCCACACGGAGUCCAAGCACACAUUCAGCCGAGACUGUCAACCUCGACCCUGAUCAUUACUUACAAGAGGAGGAGAAAGCUGCAGAGGACGACGAAUCCGAACCACAGAUUUACCUGAGCCGUAGGUACGGCUUGGAAGUCAGUGCCAAAGAUGCAGCACUAGCUGCCGAACAAUGGAAGAAAUCACAAACUGACGAGGAGAAAUUAUCAAGAAAACAGAGACAGAGACGAGAACACGAGUAAGUAGAAAGCAUUUUUAUUGUACUGUUUAGACGAGAAAUGACUGCCUACACAAACAGGUAUCAAAAUGCCAUUGUGCGAUGCCUUUGAUGUCUGAAGUUUGAUUGAGGUGACAAGAAUGGUUUUUAGAUUGUAAUCCCCGUAAGCGGCAUCAGCUUGAUGUGUAUUGACAACGCAAAGGUCAUUUGCUUUCAGCAGAAGAUGUAGACAGAGUGGUGCGCUUUCACCCAAAUGCGCAUGCGUUCAGACAUAAAUGACGUCAUAGGUCAUUUUAGUCGGAGGGAGAGAGAGGAAAGAGAGACAGUAUAUGUGUGUCUGUGGGAAAGGGUGAGAGUAAAGAGAGGGGGGGGGGGGAGUUGAGAACGACUGCGAUCUAUUAUUGAACAGUCAAUGCAUUAUGCCUUCGCUGUUUUCAAUGCAUUAUGACUCUGCCAUUUGCAACGCACCGCCAGUGCGAUUUGCAUAUGACAACCUGAUCAUGUACUGUAUGCACGUAAAGAGGCUUGGCGUUUGUGUAUGUGAGUGUGUGUAUGCCGAUGUGUGCGUUGAAAAGGGCGUGCGUGUGUGUAUUGACGUGUAUUCGGAUGGGUUGGGAUGGUGUGUGUGUGUGUGUGUGUGUGUGUAUGCCGUUUCGUUUAAGCGUGUUUCUUCUUCAGGUAUUGGUAUAUAACGAUGAUGCGAUGUUCAUGUUGUCCUUGAAAAUUCGUUUUAGUUGGAGACCUGUCAUAUAAAAAUCCCAAACCAUGUACUUCAAAAAACGAAAUGCAAAUUAAAUCAAUACAGAAUAGGUAUUUUCAUUAUUAACUCCAGACUAUUGAAAGCUUUUGUUGCGCCAUUUCAGAAUUAAAUUCACGGUCAUGAAAUGCGUCACUUGGACUCGACCCUGGAACGAUAGAUAAAUCUACAUAGAUUACUACAAAUUUAUAUUAAUGGAAUUAAGAUCCCCGUUUGUGUAGGUUGGUAAUAGAAAUAUCCGAUUUUAUGUGCUUUACUAUUAUUAAAAAAAAAUGACAGUGGGUCUAUUAUAUAAUGAAUGUGAGUGACAAUGCCAAUUUGUUUUAUUUCAAUGCUUUAUUUCUUUUUCAUUCUUUUCUGAUAUUCUGAAGUUCAUUAUUUACUCAUUGAAACUAUGUAUAUACUUUUAUUAGUUUUAAACAAAUUAUAUAUGUUGUUGUUUUUUGUAAUUUUGUUCAAUUUGUUUGAUCUGUACUUUUGCUGAUUGAAGCUGUAUAUGCUUAUCAUAUCAUUAUAAAUCGUUUAAAACCUCUUUAUAAAAAAAAAAUGACUCCAACCAUCCGACCGCAAUCACAAAGUCUUUUCGGAAAAGAGCACGUCUUCUUAAUUAAAUAUUUAGAACAGACAAUCGAAGAACAAGUUUAUUUGGGGUUCUUUUAUUGCGCAAGAUAGAAUAUAAAAUGCGCUUAAAUGCAGGGAAAUGUAAAUGAAGAUGAAGGAUAUUUACUUAAAAGUACGAAUUUGCACACCGUAUUUUACUUUUAAGGAUAAACACUUUUUUAGUAUUAUCUUUGAUGAUAUAAUUCAAUUCUAGUCGAUCAUAACACCUUGUCAAUUUGUAUGCAAACUGAAUCAAGACAAAUACUAAGGAAAUAUAAUUUUCAGCUGUUGGGAGAUAUAUAUUGUUUAAGAUACACGUUAUCUCUUAUACUUCGAGUGUAAAGAUUGGUAUUAGAUAUCGCAUAUCUGUUUAUUCCAUCAUUGAAAACAUAAUAAUUACUGCAUUUAACACUUUGUAAAAACUCACAGUUGACUGAAAAAUAUAGCACUUCAUAGGCCUACAUCAAGCUUUGAACCUUCAUUAUUCUUCGAAUUUUUGAUGAUUCUGGAAUCUUUGCAGGUUUUUAGUGGACAUAUAGGCUGUCGUCAUAAGACGAUAAAAUAUUCAUUUGCUAAUAUCUCAUGCCUGCCUCCGGUGCGAAAAUAGUAAAAGGUCGAAGUUUAUAUGGAAAAUAUGUAAUAGAAAAGGCAGGGCUGGUGUUGAUAAUUAUAUAUCCGUCGGUUUACCGUAAUCGAAAUUGAACUGUCGUUUUCUUGCUACCGUGCUAUCUGCCAAUUACUCGGUAGGCACAUACAGCAAUUAAGUAAUAGCCAAGGACGAACAAUGACUGGCGAUAGAUAUGAUGCUAGCUUGCAUACCAGACUUGAGAUUUAAAAUCUAUAUAUAUAUAUUUAUAUCUCAAAGAGCAGUUAUGACGAAUAUACCACUAAAUAAGAUGAAAGACACAUAAUGACUGAUGUAAUAGAAUCAUUGAUAAUAAAUUAGUAAGAAUAGAUCGACAAGGCGUUAAACGGUAGCCGUCUCAUGGGUCCAUAUACUAGGACUAUAUUUUUUUAAGUCGGUGACUAAUUAGAUGAUAUAAUAUGAAGAAUUUUUUCUAGGAAAAUGAUGUCGUUUGUGAAGCAAAUGAAACAUAUUACUUAAA